AUGGUUACCAUCAUUGUUAUUCCCAACAUCAAUUUACCAGUAGACUUGGAAACUGUGGCUGAAAAACCCUGGUACACUCCAGAAAUCAAAACUAGAAUCAGUAGGAUAUCGGAUCUGCUUUACCAACUUCCAAGCCACAGUUCUGUUGUCAUCACUUCAGUUGACAAAAUGCUACAAGAACUUUUCACACAUCGAGGAUCCGGAACAUUUUUUAAGAUAACAGAACCAAUUCACAGCUAUCACAAACUUGAUGAUGUUGACCAACAUAGGCUUCAUAAUCUCCUCUUGAAAGCUUUUGGUCGGACACUUAAAGACGGAUAUUUCAAUAUGAUUCAAGAGAGACUACACACUUUGUAUCUUUCUGAAGAUUACAGUGCAGCGGCUAUUAUUCUGAGUGAAGAAAAUAUCGAUGUACCUUACCUUGACAAAUUUGCUGUUUCCCAAAAAGCACAGGGUGAAGGCACCGGAGAGAUGUUGUGGGCUUGUGUCAGACAAGACUUUAAACAGCUUUUCUGGAGAUCAAGGGGAGAUAACCCUAUAAAUCCUUGGUACUUCAAGAAAUCUGAAGGAAGUUGGAGCAAUGGAAAAUGGACAGUUUUUUGGUAUGGCAUACAAUAUCACAACACAUCAUCACAUUUAAUUGAUUCAGCCCUGGCAAAGGAUAACUCUUUCACCUCAUAG